AUGGAAGACAAUGACUUGGGCAAUCCGCAGCUGGCGGAAGAGCCAUUGGUAUGGAGGCACCCGCAGGAGCCCAUCCUGACCGUCGAGGGCUCCACGCAUUUGGUGUUUCUGCAAGGCAAAUAUCCGUCCAAAGUAGCUUAUCGCGAAGGCCAGGGAACUAUUUUGUUCUGGGACCUUGGCUAUCUUUGGGAUGUUUUUCGUGAAGAAGCUGAAGAGCGUCAAAGCUCCAAAUUUCUCAACGACUUUAAACGCCUUGCCAUGUGUGAUGAGUUGGAGAAUGAGCUUCACAUUCGGGGCAAGGUGGACAGGCCAAAUGCUUUGAGCGCAAACUGUGCGGCAACUGGUUUGGUCUUGACAUACUUAAGUCGAGUGGCUGAUGUUACGCGCACUACUUCGAAAAUGCAAUUAGCUUUGGGCUACCUCAGGUUCGUCGUUGGACUGGCUGUGGACUUGUCUUGGGAAAAUAGGGGCUUGGACCUGGGUGACAUGGUAGAUUCAGCUGGAAUGGUCACCAAUUUCCAACAGCUUCUUCGGCAAAAGCAUUUAGCCGUGGUGGACGCGUGGAGACAGCAAUGGGAGUCCAUGAGGGAGCAGUUGUCCACGUCUUGGCCAGAGGGCAAUGAUCAGCCCUUGCCUUUGCUGGAUGUAGCCAUGUUUUUGACUUUGGCCAAGAGAAUCAGAAGAUCCCAAGGAAAACAACGCUGGAAGAAGAUAAGCGGUGAUUUAGUGGAAUCCUUGUUGAAACAGCUUCUGAAAGGUCUUGCAGAUGUUCUCCACAUAAAGAUUCUUUCGAAUUUGCAGCUCUACCGCGCUGGCCCUGAUGUGCAGCUCCCUUCGCGCAGAUAUUCCAGGCAACUCGAAGAAGCGGAUGAACAAGCAAUUGUGGGAGAGAGCGGUGCCAUUGGAAACAGUCCUGGCAAGAAGGUUACCAAACGAUUGCAUCCCAACGAGGUGUGGGACUUGGUAUGUCAAGCUCAAGAUGAGCACCUUAGCUUGCAUCGGUUGGCCAAAGUGAAACGCGGUGGCUCCGCAGGGUCUGCUUGUGCUUGGCAGAACAAGCUGCUGAGCAUGUACUUUGCACGUACGCAAUUGUUGUUCAAGUUUUCCCGACAUCUGACACUUAUCACAGAUGGAAGCACCCACGGAGGCCGCAACACAAUUGUUACUGUAGCCUUUGAUCCUCUCUUGAACACUGCGGGAUUUGCCCCGUGCCAAGCCCUGUCAGCAGCCAAGUGCGUUGGCCCUGGCGAGUUCGAUGUCGAAGAUGAUGUUGAGCGGCUUCUGGCUAGACGAGAAGCGGACCGUGUAAGCAGCUACCGGCUGCUCCAAUCGUUGAGCUACCAGAUCUACCUCAUCACAGCUGGGAACUUGGAUUUAGAAUGUUUUCAAGUACCAGUGACCUUCAGCAAAGCCCUCCAACGAAUGAAGCCUGGUUGGAGACGAGUGGUGUUAAACAAUGGCAACCUCAGAAUCUUGUUCUCAGAUGGCAGCUCGGAGAUCUUUGAUGUGAACAUGGCAGUGAACACUUUGCCAUCGCUAACUGUGAUGCAAGACCAGGGAUCUGUCGGCGCAGCAGGAUUUGCGUUUCUGCUGGACCAAGGGUUCAUGAUACACACAGAGUUCGACAAAUUCCAUCGCCUGCAACGGGACAUGAGAUUGAGCCAGGAGCGGUCUGCCCAAGCUUGCUUGAUGCAGGCUCAGGCUGCAUCUCAGUACUGGUUUGGGGUGAACUACAAACCCUAUGGCAGUGGAGCCUUUUUUGUUGAAAAAACAGAGGCGCUACAAACCUUUCUCCGUUCCGUUUGUGUUGAUGACCCUGUCGUCCAGGAAUACAUUGACCGCGUUGGCGCAGACUUCCAAAUGCCUACUGUCACGUUUGAAGAUCAGCAAGCUGUCUUGGAUUCUUUGUGGCAAAACCUUGUUUCGUGGAGGCUUAAGUCUGAAGCUCCCGAAUCGAGCAGGUGGUUUUCGUGGCUAUCUGCUGCGCAUCUCCAAAUGAGAGAAUGGUGGGCCUCACGUAUGGUAUUGCGGUGGUACUUGCCAGAAGCAGAGGAUCCUGACAGAGAAGACGCAAAAAAGUUUCAAGAACUGAAAAAGUCUGGAGUUGGCGGGCUCCACUUGGGAUUCCAAUGUUUAUCCGAAAGAUAUUGGGAGAAUUGCAUGAUUUUGUUGGUGGCGGGUAGGCCUCUGUGGUCUUACUACUCCGAGCAAGUCGAAGAAAUUCAAAAUGCCGAAGAUGGAUUCAAAUAUGCUUUGCACAUGGAAGCCAACUGGCAGGCAUGCGCUCAACUGGUGGAACUCGCCGCCUUGGUUUCUACAGCUGGAAAAGAUGAAUGGAAACCGGUUGCCAGAUGGGCAAUCGAUGAACAAGAUUUUUCCUCGAAAGCUUGGACUUAUGUGGUUGACCUUUUGGAGCACAGGGCAGGAAGUUUGGCAAAACAUUCCUCGGGGUGUGCAGCCUAUGCUUCGCUGGUGGAAGGGUCUGCCGCUGGCCUGUGCAAAUUCAAAACAGACUUCUGCUUACUCUUGAGCCUCGAAGGAUCAACCGCAGACUCUGGCUCUCUGCUGGAAGACCUACAUUUGGUUUUUUCCGCGCCCCUACGUUUGGUGGCAACUGCGCUUGAAGUCCAUGGUUGGGAGCUUUCUGCGAGAACUGUGCCUGCUGUGCAGAUGCUUCGCUCGAUGGUCUUCAGUGUUCCAGACAGCAAAUUGAUUGAAGAUGUGCACCAGAGGUUACGAAACGCUCAAAAGGCUCGACCAAAUGACAGAAUGACGCCCGCGUGUGUGCAGCAAAUCUGCAAUCAUUGCAAUGUGUUGGACAGCAGGAAGAUUCGACACGGCCCAGUCAUCACAAGGAAGGUUUUUUUGGAAAACCUUCGCAAAACAAAUCGCCAUUUCCAGCCUCGCAAGCAUGGCAGACCGCGCAAUCACAAACUUCAUGCGAAAUUUGGUCACAUCAUGAAGAACCGAACUUGGCCUGCUCUCACAGAACCAGCUUUGGUUAGAUCAUCUGCUGCUUGGUCUUGGUUGCGUUACUACUCAGCAGAAAAGCUUCAGGAUUCGAUGAUUCGCAUCAAGGCUGGCCAGCUGAAUCUGCUGUGCUUUACUGGUCUCGUGAUCAACCGUGUAGAUGAUGCAGCUGGUCGCUAUUACUUGAUUCUGAACCAGCAUCAGUGGAGCACAUUGGUCUGGCCCCUGAAGGUGAUUGACAACAUUGAUGUCCACCCUCGUUGGACUUGGCGCUAUUGUUUCAACCCAGACUUGCAAGUUCAAUGGCUUUGCGUCUUUGACCCGGAGUACUAUGAAGUGCAACCGACGAAGGCCUGGUGGUGUGAUGAGCAAGGCUUAGUCUUGGUGCAGACUGGUGAUCCCCAGCCUUUGGUCAAAUAUGUCUUGUUGGAGAAAACAAAGGAGCUCACAAACAAGUCACUGCAACUGAUUGCAGAAGGCAUGGGGAUUGAGAAACCGCAAAAAAUGACUCGAACAAGUCUACUACAGAUCUUAGCGGGGCAGCAAGGCAACAGCUUCUAUGUGGAUUCGGUGCUUGAAAGGGAUAGCAAAGAUAAACCACAGAAACAAAAAAUUCCAGAUGAGUUCACAGAUUUUGUGGAUGCGUUGUUCGGCCAGAUGGAUUCAGAUGAACGAGUAGAUUUUCUAGGCCUUCAAAAGACGAAAGAUGAAGACUCUCCUGUCCAAAAGAGGAAACAGUGGAAUAAGUGGCUCAAAGAGAAACUGGCAGAGAAACAGGCUAAGAAAGCGAAGCGGCAGGCCAAAGCAAAGGCCAAAGGCAAAGCGAAAGCCAAGAGCGCUCGCAAACGUAAGAGAGAUGAUGAGGAUGAUUCUGCCCAUCAUGAUGAUGAUGCAGAUUUGGCUCGUCCAGAUGCCGGUGUGUCAGUGUCUGACUGUGGCGGGCAAGAGCCAGAGCAACUUGGUUCUGCUUCGCCCCAGCAGAAAGAUUCUACUGCAGAUGGUGGUUUUGACUUUGGUCCUGCAGCGAGUGAAUCGAAUCAUGAACUUGUGUCUGUGGGCAUUGAUGCAGUUGGUGGGUUGGAGCCAUCCUCUUCGGCCAGCGCUGCACCAGCGAGCCCUCCGCAACAUUUUGCGGAACAUGAACAGGAAUCAGUGGAUGAGAGGAUGGAAAUUGCACAUGAGCCUCAGGAACAGCCGGUGCAGGCGCCUGCAGCUGCUCCUGACCUUCAAGUGGAACCUGAGCACGCAGCGGCCCCGGAAGAACCACCUCAACCCGGGGCGCACAGGCAUGUUGGGCCAAAGGUGCACAGCACACCGGCUGAGAUCAUGAAGUUGAUUGAGCCUUGUGACAAGUUCCGAAUUUUUAUUGACAAGAAUGCUCACCGCUUCAAGGUGGAAACUCGGGUGAGUGAUGACAGGUUCAAUGUCGCUCCGUACAAGGGAAAGACUUUCAACCGUAGUUUUUUGAACUGUUCCUGGAGAUCGGCCUUGAAGCUUGUGCAUCAGCAUGCCUGGCUUAAAUGGGCUCUUGUGAGAGACACUUGGCCAUGCGACAAAGACGAGCAAGACCCAGGAGUAGUACCGGAGAAUGUCUACCAGGCAUUGGCUCCAAUUAUUGCUGAGAUGCCUCAAGCUGUCAAGUACCCAAGAAGCAGUUGA